AUGCGGUCUGGUGAGCAGCUGGGCCAGAUGGUGAGCAGAGGGCAGCUGGGCCAGAUGGAGUCAUUCGACGUUACUGCAAGCGACUGGACGGCAUACAAGGAGAGGUUGACCUCUUUUCUGAUUGUCAACAAGGUUCCCGACAGCGACAAGGUACACGCAUUCCUCAGCAUCAUCGGACCGCGUACGUAUGGGUUGCUGAAGUCGUUGGCUGCACCGGACCUACCAUCGGGAAAAAGUUUCGAGCAACUGAAGAGCCUCUUGGAUGCACAUCUUGCCCCAAAGCCGUCCAUAAUCGGGGAACGAGCAAAGUUUUACCGCAGAGCACAGCACGAAGGCGAGUCUCUGCCCGAAUAUGUUGCUGAACUUCGGAAGUUGUCCCAGAGUUGUCAGUUUGGAGCAAAUUUGGACGAAGCGCUGCGGGAUCGUUUUGUCUGUGGACUACUGCGAGAGGACGUGCAGCGAGUACUCUUUACCGAGGACGACAAACUGACGUUCCCGAAAGCAGUCGAGCGCGCCCUGGCCAUGGAAGCGGCCCGGAAGAAUGUUGCCGAGACUAGAGUCGUAGAGUCAGUGGCCACACAGCUGCACAAAAUGGAGGGAGAAUGCAAUUAUGACCCUGCUGAUUUGUACGAGGCGCAAGCGAUUUCCGGUAAGCAGCGACCGGCUUGUUAUCGCUGCGGUUCUCCGAGCCACACUCAUUCAGUAUGCCCUCACGUUAAUAAUACGUGCUAUAAGUGUGGAAAGAAAGGGCAUAUUCAAAGGGCCUGUCGCAGCAACGGGCAAUAUUGUGGCGGGUAUCAGCAGAAACGGAGAGUGAAAACGCUGAAAGUGGUCACGCAGGUGCCACCCAUAGGCGUUUCGGAACAAGUGGCGUCCGGCCGCACUCCUAUUUUUGUUGGACUGAAAAUAGAUGGAGCACUGGUGGAAAUGGAACUUGACACGGGAGCCGCGGUGUCUAUCAUGCCUUACAAGCAGUUCAAGCAGCAGUUCCCUUCAGCCAGAUGCGGACCAACAGACAUCGUCCUGCGCACCUAUACCGGAGCACUCGUCCAACCUUGCGGCGUGGCGGUCGUCAAGGUGCAGCACGGGGAACAGACGGCGAAACUACCACUCUACCUCGUCGAUCAAGCAGGACCACCACUGCUAGGGCGUGAAUGGCUGCGCACAGUACGGCUAAACUGGAACCAGAUUUGGGGCCUCAACCACGUCUCAAGGUCAGUGUUCGACUUGUCCUCGCGAACGAAGGAAAGGCUAGAAUCGUUGCUCGAAAAAUACAAAAUGCUGUUUAAGGAUGAGCUAGGGGCUAUCACAGACGAAAGGGCCGAGCUGUUCUUCAAAGCCGAUCACCGGCCGAGGUUCCUGAAGGCACGCAAUGUGCCAUUCGCACUGCAGUCAGCAGUAGAAGCAGAGAUAGAAAAAUUGGUGCAGCUGGGAAUACUCACACCCGUGAAUACAUCAGAAUAUGCCACGCCCGCCGUGCCAGUGAUAAAAAAGAUGGAAGCAUACGUCUCUGUGGGGAUUAUAAGACAACGAUAA